UGCGGACCUGCUGGGUAAAGCCACGAGGAACCCAAGAAGGGCUCCCACAGGACAUACAGAAUAUCCCACAGCAGGAUUCUAAUUUGGAAAAAUUCACUCACCCUUCUAAAGUCUCUUCUCUCUUCUUACAAGAUAACAUUUAAGAUUUUGCCCUUCUCAAAAAUGGUUCAGGUUUGGGCCAGUCUACAUGCUUAGCCUAUGGUUGUGCAAAUCAUGGAUCAACACAGAUUAAGUAUCAUUUGCAAAUAGUAUCUACCCUUAUCUUUCUACUCCUUCCUCCAGGGAAGACAAAUAUUAGCUUGGCCUUGAAUGAGGUCAAUAUUUCUUCUGUGUCUAUUGGAUACACUUACGUUUCUAUUUACAAAAGGUGAUGCAGGAAGGAAUAUCCAAAUCUGAGAUAAUGGAUUAAUGUGUUAGACUGAAUUCAGGCUGUGUACCUUGAAGCUAGGAUUUGCACUUAUAUCUAAGCCACUUUUCCUAUUUAUACUACAGUGUUCUUGUAUUUGAAAAUUAAAUGAUAGGAAUGGAUCUUAAUGAAGCUACUUCUCACCUUCUAUAGCAAUUUUCAGAUUUGUUGGAUACUGAUACUUCCUUGGACUCCUUCUUGAUAUUGCUUUCAUUGGCCACAUUGGCAAAACCACAAAUCAUAUUCAUAUUAAACCUUCGGGACAGAAUAUAGUGAAGUAGCCAAGCUUGCAGUGUUCACAGUUGACCUUAAAGAAAGGUCAUGGGAAUUUGCCCUGUUUUGGCUGGCUCCUUCAAUUGGCCUUGGGUUAAGGAAUCCUGUUAAAAAGUGCAAAAGACUGACAGGGUCCACAAGUACCCUCAGCAUCCUACAUCAUAGGGAAUCUGGUUCUGCCAGAUCACUGAGAGAACAGAUGACUUCUUAGGGAAGGUGAAAGUAUUAGUCAGCCUUCUGAUGUCAUCAAACCCAGCCUUUCCAGUACCAGGCACUAUUCUCCAUUUGAUGACACCAUGCGAAAUAUAGCAGAUAGUGAUCUACACCCUAUCAAUAGCAGUUGAUAUUCUAGAGACUAUAGUAGUGACAUUUGAUAAGCAAGUAAACAAACACGCAUGAUUCAUGAUGGCAAUAAUUUUGAUGAAAAUGACAGAGAUUCAGAUAGUUAUGACUCUAGGACCAGGAAGAAAUAUACUGCAUCAUGCAGUGUUGAUAGGAAGGGCAUCUCUUUGAUAGGGAUUUUGAUGUCAAAGACCAAAUAACAUCUCUUAUUCAGGAGGAGAUCUGGGGUAAGCAUUCUGACAGAGGAAGCAUUUAGGACAAAAGUUUGAGCUCAUAAGAUCUAUGUAAGAAUUGGAAACUGGCAAGCCCUGGGAAAGGGAGUGUAGCCCCAAGAGGUCUUUUACUGUGGCUUUCAUACUUAGCAGAGCAGCCAUCUCCACUCUGGUACUUUUCACAAGCUCUCUACUAUCCAUUUCUCAACCCCAGGAUUUGUGGGAGAGCACAUAGGAACUGAUGAGUGAUGAUCUUUACACAGUUUGCUGUAGUAAGGACACAGAAAAACCCUUUUAUCAGCACAGAGGAUGCAUGUUUAUGCAAUAAUACUCCGACAAGUCACCAGGAAGUAAGAUCCAUGAAUUCAACUACCAUUUCAGUAACAUUUCAACUUCUAAAGUUACUGGGGUUAAUCAAGUAAUUAGAAUGUUACCAGAUGUUUUGAAAGGGUCGGUUUGAAUAUCACUUUCAACUUAGGCUAAUAAGGAUUUGUGCCAGUGUCUGAAUUUCUAAUGCAUUUAAAGGUGUGUGGGAUAACAGGACCACAUAACAGUCUGCAUUAAAUGAACCAGAGUUUGAAUCUUGGUCCUGCUAUUUACCAGGGUUAUGACCUUAAGCCUGCUGCUUAUUAAGCUCUCUGAAGCAUCAUGUUUCCUGUGAAAAUGCUGUCUAAUUAUACUUACUUUCAGAGUGGCUAGUAGGAAGCAAUGUAUGUAAAGCAUCCAGAAUGCAGUAAUUGCUUAUUGUGUGGUCACUAGAAUGAUCUAACAAAUAUCUACAGAGUGAGAAGUAGGCCCCUAAGGGGGAUUAUAAGAGGUAGGAAAGCGUUGUCAAGGCAGGCAAUGAAGUCAUGAUAUAUGUCCUCCUGAAGUUCAACUUUUAUUGGAGUGAACAUACAUCCAAGUAGCUAUAAUACAAUACACUGAGGCUUGACAAUAUCAGGUAAUUAACAUAAGCAAUAAAAGUAGCAACAAAGGGGCACACAUGAGGAAAAGACUGCAUCCAGCACUGGUUUUAGAAUUUUCAUGAAAUAAUCAGAGGAACUUGACAAGCAGAAAUGAUAGAUUCUGGUUUUAUUUUUGUUUUGUGUUUUGCUUUGUUUGUUUUUAUGUCUCUCUUUCCCCAGCAGACAGAAGGGUGAAAACAAAACCCUAGAGAAAGAGAAGUCCAGGAUACAUUUUGGAGAAGGAACAAAGCUAUAUACCCUGUAGACAGUCUGCACGGAAAUAGUAACAUUGAAGGGUAAACCCCUGGGGCUGAUAGCUGAGUAUAAAGACACCACCAGGAGGCUGUACACAGGCAUGUGGGCUUUACUCAGUGUGUCCCCUGUAAGCCAUGUGAGAAUUUUGAGUAAGAAAGCUGAGUAUUAGAGGAAUUACUCUAGCAACCCUCAGAAAUAUGAAUGAAGCAUGGAAAUAUUUAUGGCAAGAUGAGCUACUACUGUUGAGCAAAUCCCUUUGCUCUGGGAAUAUUUUUAACUAAUUUUCUCAAAAGUUCCUGAACUUGGUGUUGCUAUCAUGGCACUGCUCACAAAUGUGGGUACUGAGGCAUGAUGAUAUGAUGUAAUGUAUAUAAGAUCUAGGAGGUUUUAAAACUGAAUCCAGGCUAGUUGGCUCUGGAUUUGAACUUCUAAUCACCCCACUGCACUUUCUGUGCCCCUUGCUCUAUUCUCUUUGGUCCUUACAUUGCUCAUCUGUGGAGUAGUAGACUUGUGUAGGAUGAGUUCUACUCUGGGUUCUGUUGUUCAUUUUCAUGUGUUUUAUUUUGCUUCAAUCAGUUCUUCAUUCUGGGACUGAUCUACCUCUUUAGGCAGUAUUGAGAGGGGAAAAAAUGUACAAGACACAGAACAUCCAAAGAAUGUUUGCUUCAUUUUUUUUUUCUUCUCGAACUUUUUAUGGCACUGAGUUUAUGUCUGUGUCGACCGUUUUCAAAAAGCACGCAAGGUAAUACAUGCGAAAUACAUAUAUUGUUAGAUUGAAAGUGAAGCCAGUAAGAAAGGCGGUAACUGCUAAACUCUAAAAUAUUAGUAAACAGUGAGACCAUUUAUGAGCAUAUCACACUUUGAAAUACUAGUUACUACUCAAAUAGAAUAUUAGUUUACAAUGAGUAAGACACUGAGCAUUCCAAUAAAGCGACUCAUUGAAAAGAACAGACCCAUAACGAACCACGCCGGAAAGCUUCAUUCCUCUGCGCACUCCUUGGAAUAAAACACACACAUUUGUUUUCUCUGAAGAGUAAAGCUCGUUCAGAAACUGCUGAAAGCAAGCUGUCACUGCCUGUGGGCGGUUCAGGCUUUUCUUUUUCCUUGCUUCUCACAACAAGGUGCUCAGGUCCUGGCUGCAGCAGGAGUCCAGCUUCGCUUCCACUGUUUCCAAGGCAACUGACCAGUCCUGAGAUUCCAUUGACGAGUGAGGUGUGGAGUCCUGGGGGCGCUGCUUCUGUUGCCCGCCAGGCUUGCUCCGGACCUGGAGACCUCCUUGGUUUUCCGCGAUCUGAGCACUACUACUUCACGCAUGGCUGUCUCCUUGUGGGAGAGUGAUAACAAGGACUCUGAUAAUCCUGAUCUGACAGGCUCGACUUUAUCGGGGCUGCCACUUCUGGCCUUGGAUACAGCAAACAGGAUGACUGCUCGCUCUCUCUCUCUCUCUCUCUCUCUCUCUCUCUCUCUCUCUCUCUCUCUCUCUCUCUCUCUCUCUCUCCUCUCUCCUUUCUCUCUCCCUCCUCUCUCCCAGCUCUCCUCCUCCCUCUCCAGCUGUAGUCUUCUUAAUGUAGUUUAAUGGCUUUACAAAGAAAGCCAGGGUGAGGAGCGCUUCUCAGUGGCUGUGGCUGGACCAUGACCUAGCUGACCAUGAACUUGGAGGGGCUUGAAAUGAUAGCAGUUCUGAUCGUCAUUGUGCUUUUUGUUAAAUUAUUGGAACAGUUUGGGCUGAUUGAAGCAGGUUUAGAAGACAGCGUGGAAGAUGAACUGGAGAUGGCUACAGUCAGGCAUCGGCCUGAAGCCCUGGAGCUGUUGGAAGCUCAGAGCAAAUUCACCAAGAAAGAGCUUCAGAUUCUUUACAGAGGAUUUAAGAAUGAAUGCCCCAGUGGGGUUGUUAAUGAAGAAACUUUCAAGGAGAUUUACUCGCAGUUCUUUCCACAGGGAGACUCCACAACAUAUGCACAUUUUCUGUUCAAUGCAUUCGAUACAGACCACAAUGGAGCUGUGAGUUUUGAGGAUUUCAUCAAAGGUCUCUCCAUUUUGCUUCGAGGGACAGUACAAGAAAAACUCAACUGGGCAUUCAAUUUGUAUGACAUAAACAAAGAUGGCUACAUCACUAAAGAAGAAAUGCUGGACAUAAUGAAAGCAAUAUAUGACAUGAUGGGGAAAUGCACAUAUCCUGUCCUCAAGGAAGAUGCUCCCCGACAGCAUGUGGAGACAUUUUUCCAGAAAAUGGACAAAAAUAAGGAUGGUGUUGUUACCAUAGAUGAGUUCAUUGAAAGUUGCCAAAAAGAUGAAAACAUAAUGCGCUCCAUGCAGCUCUUUGAGAAUGUGAUCUAACAUGUCAGCGCAUCCUCACUGAAGAGGGAAUGUGAACCUCUCUACACACUUACAAGUUGGAGCCACCACUUCUAGCAUAGAUUGCUCAGCUUUACACUGAGGCAUAUUAUGCAAACAGCUUUGAUUUAAUAUAAAACAACCCCUCCUAAAAAGAUUUAAGUUUUCCAGUUCCAAGUCUGCAUCUUCUCCAUAACAUCACUGGGGUCAUGAAAUGUGUUCACUCGUUUCAUACUCUGAGAAUUUUCAAAAGGCACAGAAUCUGGAGUAGUUUUGAUCCUUAGCCACAUAUUACUGAGGCUUUCACAGUUCAGUGAUUUUAAAACACAAGUAGGUCUUCCUACUCAUUUGUAUAUGUUCAGUCCUGGAUUUUAAAUGAUUUUCUAAAAUAUUUACAUCUGCAAUUACUUCUAGAAAGUCAACGAACUUUCAUUUAAUUAGAAUCACCUGCCACUGAAAAAUGAAUAAUUAUUGAAAUUUAAAAAAGACCAAAAACACAGUCCCAAUUUUUAUGGCUUCUCCACCUGCUGUUAAAGUCAUUAAUGUAUUUGGCAUUUUUUAAAGAGCAUCUAAAAAAUUAGUUUAUUAUCAGAUGUUAGCAUAUACCUAAGAAAAUUAUUUUAGUAUUUGUUAAUUUUCCAUAUUAAAGCCAAGGCUCUACAUAAUCCACGUACCUUUGGACCUGUUCGAUCUUACAUGUAGACUGUUUUGUAUUGUGUCAUGAAAUAGAAAUUCAAAGUGUCAUACAAACCAAGGAUGUUUACAGACUUGCAAAGGGUCCGGAUGUCUGUCCUCCAACACCUAGUGAUGCUUAUUAGCAAGUAACCCUAACAGCAGUAAAGGGCAAUUCUAGCCACCCACAAACUCCCCAAUGUUCUCAUAGCAUAUUUAUUAUAAGCCAUUCAGGGAUAGAGAAUCCUUGACUGCCCCAAAGCCACCAAGAAUGAAUAUCAAGCAAAAUAUUCUUUGAAAACACCAGUGAUUCUAUCAUAUUGGAAAUUACACAUAAGACUGUAUAGAAGAUGAUUACAAACAUUAAACAGUUCAUCUGAAUUGCAUUAUGAUUUAGCUCAUCAUAGAACUUAAAGGAUUCAAAUUCAUUUCCGUGAUCUUAAGCCAAAACUGUAGAGUUGCCACAGCAGUACUAUAGAUACACACAUCUUCCCUUGGGUAGAAAUAUCACAAGUACCAAGAGGAUACAGGAGGAGAAAAUUUGCGACUGUCUGCAACAAUAAAUCAGGUAUCUAUUCUGGUGUAGAGAUAGGAUGUUGAAAGCUGCCCUGCCAUCACCAGUGUAGGAAUUAAGAGUAGUACAGUACAUGUACACUGAAAUCUGCCAUCGCGUGUUUGUGUAAACUCAAUGUGCACAUUUUGUAUCUCAAAAGGGAAAAUAAAAGCAAAAUAAAGUGUUUAUUACUCUA